AUGGCUCUCCAAAGGCAAGAUGUUGAAUUCCGUGCCUGUGACAGUACAGUCUUACGAGGGUGGCACUAUCCCACCCGGGUGGACAGUCCCUGCAUUAUAAUGUCGCACGGACUUGCCGGAAUCCGCCACUGGUUCCUUCCCCCUUUCGCGGCUCGCUUCCAAGAGGCAGGAUUCGCCGUCUUGCUAUAUGACAAUCGCAACUGGGGCGACAGUGACGGGGAGCCACGGCAGGAAUCCAACCCUGCCUUGCAACAAACCGAUUAUCAUGAUGCAUUCAACUACGCUGUCACUCUUCCCGGUAUUGAUCCCGAGAGAAUCGCCUACUGGGGGACUAGCUUUUCGGGCGGCAACGUUAUUUGUGCAGCUGCAAUUGACAAGCGGAUAAAGGCUGCUGUCGUCCAGACACCCUCUGUUUCCGGGGAGACACGGUCACUGGCGUUUGCGGACCGUAUUCUCGCUCUAUUUGAAGAUCGAGCCAGGAUUGCAGCAGGUGGGAUGAGAGGGACGGUGCCUUGCAUCGCAUCGAACCCCGAAGAGGCACGGGCUGGGACGGCACCUGUACUCUUCCCUGAUCUGCAGGCCUAUGAAUCAUAUAGAAAGAUAUAUGGAUGCAGCGGUCGCUGGGAAAAUUGGGUGACGGAGCAGACGCAGCUGCACAUGCUGAAGUUCGAACCACAGGCAAUGAUCCAUCGGAUUGCGCCCACCCCGUUUCUCAUGGUGAUUCCGGGAAAUGAUGUGACUGUGCGGACAUCAUCUCAGCUUGAGGCAUUUGGCAAGGCGCGGGAGCCGAAACAGUUGUUGUUUCUCGACGGGGCAGGCCAUUUCGAUGUGUACGAGGGCGAAUGCUUUGAACGGAAUAUUUCUGUCCAGAUCGAGUUCCUCAAGAGGCAUUUGAGUUCUAGAUCGUCCUACUAA